UGGCUGAACACUACAUCGAGCAACGCGGCUAAAUACCCGGCGGGGGCGGCGGGGGUUGCAAAGGAGGCGGACCUACCACGACCCCCACAGUUGAAGCUUCAAAUGGUUUUACACUGCAGACCAUCUCUCAAAGAACAGUUUGUGGCCACUGGUUUGGAAAGAGACGGUACAAAUGUGCGUAAAAACCCACGAAUACAGAUAGACAGAUAGAUGGGCAACUCUCACCUUCCCUGAGGAAAAGAAAGACACGCGAAACGCACGAAAGGAGAGCGAGGUCAUCAGAUUGUUCCCACUUACCAGCGGAAUUAUCGUGGAAGCUUCGUGAUACGAGCUUUUGAUAUUCAAGUCACUCAUAAGAACUGCUUUAAUCGAACGCAUACACCAAACAGAGCUUGAAUUAUGGAGCCUUCUCAAUCAGAGAUGAACAUAUUAUCAAACGGGAAAAGUCGUGACCUCGGCGAUGAUGUGGGUGUGCCAUUGAAAACAAUGCUAGAUGAGGAUCAAAAUGGCACUCAAACAGUCAGAUAUGAAGAGCCUGAUGAUGGACUGGAGAACGAGGAAUUUUUGCCCAACGAAGGCGGAAAGAAACCCAUACGUUUCACAGAUUUUGAAGGAAAGACGUCUUUUGGCAUGUCGGUCUUCAACUUGGGCAAUGCUAUUAUGGGUAGUGGAAUCCUGGGUUUAGCUUAUGCCAUGGCCAACACUGGGAUACUCCUUUUUUGGUUUCUUCUGACUGCGGUAGCAGCUCUGUCAUCCUACUCUAUUCAUCUGCUGCUCAAAUCCUCAGGCAUUGUGGGAAUCCGAGCUUAUGAACAGCUGGGGUACAGGGCCUUUGGCAAUCUUGGAAAAAUAGCUGCUGGCACAGCAAUCACCCUGCAAAAUAUUGGAGCUAUGUCCAGCUACCUUUACAUUGUUAAAUCCGAGUUACCGCUGGUCAUCCAAGCUUUCCUGAAGGUUGAGCCCAACACCGAUCUGUGGUACUUGAACGGAAACUACCUGGUCAUCAUGGUCUCUGCCAGUAUCAUCCUGCCCCUUGCUUUAAUGAAACAGCUUGGUUACCUUGGCUACACCAGCGGGUUUUCUCUCAGCUGCAUGGUGUUCUUUCUCACUGCAGUCAUCUUCAAGAAGUUUCAGAUUCCCUGCCCCUUUGAGGAGUUCUCAGUGAAUGGUACCGCUUCCCACCUCAGCUUGAACGAUUCAGUCCAUAUCCAUGAGUACAACAACGGUGUGGUUCACGAGGAUGAUGACUCCCACUGCACCCCACGCAUGUUCACCAUCAACCCACAGACAGCAUACACCAUCCCAAUUUUGGCUUUCGCUUUUGUUUGCCACCCUGAGGUCCUGCCCAUCUACACUGAGCUACGCAACCCAUCAAAGAAGAAGAUGCAGAAGGUGUCCAACAUUUCCAUCUUAAUCAUGUACACCAUGUACUUUCUGGCAGCUCUCUUUGGCUACCUGACUUUUUAUGGCAAUGUGGAGCCUGAACUACUGCACACAUACAGCCGGAUUGAUCCUUACGACACUUUGAUCCUGUGUGUGCGAGUGGCUGUCCUUACUGCUGUAACACUGACAGUCCCCAUUGUGCUAUUCCCAGUGCGUAGAGCCAUCCAGCAGAUGAUAUUUCCCACCAAAUCUUUCAGCUGGUUACGUCAUAUUGCCAUCGCUCUCAUUCUUCUCACCUUUAUUAACAUGUUGGUGAUAUUUGCUCCUAACAUUCUGGGAAUCUUCGGCAUUAUUGGCGCCACAUCAGCUCCUUGCCUUAUUUUCAUCUUCCCUGCUGUCUUCUACAUCCGCAUUGUUCCCAAGGAAGAUGAACCCAUGAACUCUCUUCCUAAGAUAAUGGCUGCCUGCUUUGCCGCUUUGGGUUUCUCCUUCAUGGUAAUGAGUCUGAGCUUCAUUAUUAUCGACUGGACAACAGGGGAAGGCCUCGCUGUUGGAGGACACUAAGUGCUGCUUCAUUGUGUGUAGUCUUAGGGAAGGGGUACAUACUGUAAAAUGGUCAAUGGUUAGAAAAUACUGUCAAGUAAGCAGGAACACACUACAGGGCUGCUAAGAACAGCUUCCGGAUUUCUAAAUGUGUAAAACACCCAGUAUAGUAUGUGGGUAGAAAGGAAUCACUCUUGGAAAUCAAUGUCACUUUCUGACUGUAAUUUAACAUGUAUCUGUACAAAAUCCAUUCAUUUCAAUAUUUUAUUAUUUAAGUUAACAGAGUGUAAAAUUU